UGAGGCGUGUGAGUGUGUUCAGCCUUGUAAAUAAAUUGAAGUUAGCCAGACAAGGGUGUAAAAAUGGUUCGUAAAUUAAAGCACCAUGAGCAGAAGCUGUUGAAGAAGGUGGACUUUAUCAACUGGGAGGUGGACAACAACCUACAGGAAGUCAAAGUGCUGCGGAGGUUUCAUCUCGAGAAGAGGGAGGACUACACCAAAUAUAACAAGUUGAGUCGUAACAUCAGAGAUCUGGCCCAGAAAAUCAGAGACCUGGACGAGAAAGAUGGCUUCAGAGCUCAGAGUACACACCGAGUACUGGAGAAACUUUACAGCAUCGGACUCAUCCCAACCAAACAGAAUCUGUCGCUCACAGAGAAAGUCACAGCGUCUUCAUUCUGCAGGAGGAGGUUGCCCAGCAUCAUGCUGAACCUUCGUAUGGCUCAGAACCUGAAGACAGCCAUCACCUUCAUUGAACAAGGACAUGUGCGUGUGGGUCCUGAAAUUGUCACAGAUCCAGCAUUUCUAGUCACGAGAAAUAUGGAAGAUUUUGUUACUUGGGUGGACUCCUCAAAGAUCAAACAGCACGUCAUGAAUUAUAAUGACGAGAGAGACGACUUUGAUCUGGUGGCAUAAAUCUGCUGCCUAAUGGAGGGCAGGAACAAAGACUUAUCUUUUUACUCUAACAUCAAAAUAAAGAAGAAGAGGGAUUCUGCACCCCAAGAGUCAUCAGUUGAAAUCU